UGUGACGUAAUAGUGUUUACACUACACAGUUGAUUGGCAAGGAAGUGUAGGCUAACGGGGCUAAUUUAGAGGAUUUUGCUUCAAAAUUGGAUGUUUCUUGGUUUGGUGGCAGUUUCCGCAUUUUCCAUGGGCGCUCACGGGGUUUUGGGGAACGAGCCCGACUCUAUAGACUACUCUGUGCACGAAGCGUGGAACGAGGCCACGAAUGUCUACCUGCUGGUGAUCCUGGUCAGCUUCGGCCUGCUCAUGUACGCCAGAAAAAACAAGAGGAAGAUCAUGCGCAUCUUCACUCUGCCUCCCACCGUGGGCAGCAGCCCGGAGCCCAACUUCUACGACAGCCUGCAGAAGGUCCGCCUGCGACAGCAGCUGGAGAUGUACUCUCUGGCCAGGAAGUUUGAGCAGCAGCAGCAGCAGCAACAACAGCAGCAGGGCCAGUCAGACAGUGUGCAGCUCUCCAUGGAGUGAGAGCAGGCGGCCCGUCUUCAAGCUUCUCCUGCCCGUGGAUAUGAAAGGACUGGGAUGGCUGCAGAGUUUGUGUAAAAAGAAUCUGCACCCAUCCUUGCUGCUUCAUUCACCGUCUGACGUUUCAUUUGUGCACGUGGAGCUGCUCCACAGCUACAAAACAAAGCUGUGGAUGCUUUUGUACAGCUGGCAGCUAGCAGGUGUGCUGUCUCACACAACAGUGACACUAAGCAGGUGUGAAGAGCUAAAGCUGGAACUGCAGCGCUCCACACUGACACAGGCUGUAGAUGUUUCAUUCCAUUUCUUCUUUUUUUCCAGAUGUGUGCAGAGAAAAGAUUCUCAAAUGUGAAGAUGAAGGCACAUAAACCUGAAGUUACUCAGUAGUUAGAUUAUUUGUAAAUGCAUCAUCUGGAUCUCUGUGGGUUUUGUUUUGAAAUAGCUGCUUCAGUUCACGUAUAUAAAGAUUUUUCCUUCUAGCAUUGAGCUUAAGACAGCACAGAUUCACUGCUGCUCUGUGAAUGCCCCAGUCCUGUAAAAAAAAAAAAAAAAAAAGUACAUUUUAAGAGGACCUGUUACACUUACAUGAUUCUCGGGUCAAAUGAAUCGUUUGUCUGAAACAGGCUGUUGGUGCAGCUCCUCAGUUCAUCCACUGAAAUAAACUCUGUCUGCUAGCUUUCAUCUGAUAGGCUGCCCCUCACAAACUAAAAACAGCAUGAGGGUGGAGCUUUGGCGCUCACAGCCAGAGGUGUGAUGUCAUAAGAAAGAGAAAGGGCUCUUGAGGAAUCCAGAAAGAUUACCAUAUUAGGUGUGUCCCCUCUCUGACAUCAUACAGAGCCAAGAGUAGAAAAGCCUGUUUGAAACAGAGUGUUUAAAGCAGCCUGAAGCUCUUUGUUUGAAAUGGCUCGUACGUAAUACCAAGCUAAUUGUUUUGAAACUGCAAUAGGUCACCUUUAACUUUGUGGAACACCAUUAUGAUUUUGUGGCAAAAUUUUUCACACAAUCAUCAUUAUAAUAAAAUGAUUCUAUGUUGAUGGCUUAAAAGUGUGCAACGAGUUGGAAUAUUACUGCUGUGCUGACAGCUCUCAGUUUAUAAAAUAACACGUGUUGGGUAUGUGGUAUUCAGACUUUUUCUGUGUUGUAAAAGUUCAGAUUUUGUAAGAAAAUCCAGAGAAAAGACGUCUUAAAGGUCUCCAGCAUAUUGUUUUAUUUAUAAUGUAACACAUUUGUCACAUCUGUCAGCUGCUGACAGAAUAUUAAAAACACCACAGAGCAAUUAAAAAAACAAAACAAUAA